AUGGAACAGUCUUCAUCCGUGCGUUUGCCGACAACGACAAUAGCAAAUGCUAAUGGAGUUGAAUAUAGUUUAUAUCAUGAGAAACAGUCUAUGCAAUUAUGCCUUUUACAUACAUUGAAUUGCCUUUUCCAGCGGAAAGAAUUCACGAAAUCAGAUUUGGAUUGCAUAGCGGAAAAUUUAUAUUCGAGUUCAACAAACUGGUUUAAUCCUCAUCGAUCGCCAUUCGGUUUUGGUAAUUAUGAUGUAAAUGUUUUAAUUGCAGCACUUGAGACGAGAGAUUUUAAAGUGAGAUGGUUCGACGCACGUCAGUCGUCUUCGAUAAUAAAUACUACGAAAGUUUUUGGUUAUAUUUUUAAUGUACCAUCACGCAAUGCAUAUAUUCCGUUUUUGAAUUCACGUCAUUGGUUUACGGUUCGUCAAAUCGCCGAUAUCGGCUUUUUUAAUUUCGAUUCGAAAUUAAACGAACCGGAAUUUAUAGAAGAUUUUGUGGAAUUCGCUGAUCGUCUUUUGCGCGAAGGUAAUCAGCUUAUGCUUGUCGUCCAAGUUGAAAAUAUUCAUGAUAUUUUUCUUGCCUGA